GGCGAGCACACAGAACAGAUACAUGUUGUUAUUUUCAUUUCUCCCAACACGGAAGGAAGCUCGUUUCGAUGUUUUGUUUUCGUUCAGUCGUUACACUCGAACUUUAUUGUUUCAUUGGAAACGGCUUAAGUAGCACGUGUGAGUAACUUCUGUUGCAAAAUGAAGAUAAAGCGUGACAUGGGCACCCCAGGGUUAACCCUAUUUUUGCUGCUUUAUUUCGCAUUACAUGCACCCUGUCCUCUUGCCAGCUUGCUGAGGGCUCGUUGGGGCAGUUUACCGCUUUCAACUCCCGUGCGGAACGAACGCACAGCUGCGGUAGAGCCUGACAAUGAAGAAACGAAAACAUCAUCGCAACAGCGCCUGCUGUUCGCAUCUGCGCUGGGUGUCGUACGCGAGCAAGGGUUUUUUUCCGAUACGUGCUCGGUGUCGGAUACGAACGAACACUACCGGAACCGCUUGCGCGCCAGCUGUCCGAAGGUAAAAUGUUAUUUGGACGACGCGGCGCAGUCCGUGCGGAUUUUCUGGGGCGCCCGAAGCCCGUCGAUGUUGAAAGCCAUAUUCAGCACUCGUCCCGCAGGGAUGAAGCGCACUGCAUCCAAGGCAAGCACGUUGUCUUCGCAUCUCUCAUGUGCCGAUGGUUGCGAUUCCGCGCAGCAGCGCUGCACUCGAUGCGGCUCUAAAUCCCGCUGUCGGGGGGGCUCAACAUUUGCGACGACAAGUGGAGCGUCUUCUUCCUCAUCGGCUGCACCGGUCAGCCAACCAGAAGGUCGAGAAGUAUGCAGUAAUUGUGCAGUUUCGGGCCACGCCUGCGAGGAUGAUCAAGGUACAGAAGCGUGUUCGUCAAACGACGCCAGCACGGCCGAUGUGCAGUACAGCCGACUCGAGGAGAAAGAACACAACCUGAACAGCAGUGCCGAGAGCUCCUUCGGUAAAGCAUCGACCUCGAAAGUCCACCAGCAGUGGGAGAAUAGGCACAGCUUUUUAUGAAUUGCAAAAGUAUCGUACAUACUCGUAUAAAUGCAUUACAAAUUUCCUCAGCAUGAAAAAUAAGAUUUGUAAUGCUAAUUUGCGUUAAGAACAGGAUUUGUAAUGCAUGAUUACAAUACGAGUACGAUACUUUUGCACAGGAUACUUUUUCAACGAGGACGACGUUUUCCCCCGACUGAGCUGCGCGGAUUCUUGCUUCCAAUGGCACCGGCACGACUACGCCAGCGUGCUGGCGCGCGCACGGUGCCCCACGUCUCUGUCCCGUUUCCUGUACGAGCGCGUGCCGCGGCACGUCAUCGAGUUGUACAUAAACUGCCAAGAUUGGGUGGGUCCCUUUGCGGACGCAGAAGUGGAAUUGGACUUUGUGGCAUCGCUUUUGCCGAACCUGAGACGUUUGACGCUAGUACACUGUACUGCGAUUCUACCCAAAAUCGAGGCUGGUGGAGGUCACGAUCAUGUCGUCCCAAGCGACGCGAGUAAGCGUAGCGGCUUCUUUCCGACACUGCUUUUUCCCAAGCUGCAGAAGCUCAGUCUGAAGAAUGUUGGUCUGUUGUUUUCUUCGCGUGAUGCUGCAGCUGGAAAAGUUGAAGUUCCCCGGGAAAGGAGGGCAGGGGGUAUGAUGAACGACGAUGUCAUCUCGUCCUCAGCUUCGAAUGAAAGAGAGAAACAUCAUCACCAGGAACUGCUCCAAAGCUUGAACAGUAACCCGCGGUUCCUCCCGGACCGGCUGCAGCAACUUUUUCCGCCGCAACUGGAACACCUGGAAAUUUUUCUGGUCAGCAUCCAGCGCAUGGGCAUGAGGCCCAUCCCGCUCGAAAGGGCGAAGCUCCGCUUCGAAGGGCCCGUUUAUAGUUCGGCAGUAGGUCGUGGUUGUGGUACUUCUACAAGACGAUCUGUUGCAACUCUCGUAUCCGCUCUACACAAAGUCGAGUUGCCACACCUGAACUUCCUGAAGUUUUCGACCAACUCGGGCGCGGAAGGCUUUGUGAACUCGGAAAGAAUGCCGAAUUUGGUCACCCUGCACCUGCACACGGUUGAUGACUACUCGCUGCGGUUUUUGAAAUCGUUUGCGCACCUGAGCGAACUUCGUGUCAGCAUUACGGGCUCUUUAAGCAGUGAUGCACGCCGGGAGGAGAUGGGUCCGACACUGCGUACGGAUUUUUCGCCGAACAGCCCGUUGUUGACGCACAUGUGGCAAGACCCGAACACAAUAAACGUCCCAGCCGUGGAGGAGGUGGAGGACCACGGCCUUCGUUUGCUUGAGGAACAAGACCUACGCGUCCAUGACGCAUGCGGUCCUCGGGAUGCUGAUGAAGAUCGUCUCUUGGUCGUCCCAGAGACUCAGCUGAACUACCUCGCGCCUUCGGGUAAAAUCGGGUCCUUCUACAACGCCGGCGCACAUUUUUUGAAUCUCGCCGAUGGUCGCGGCCCGCAGGUUUUCGCAUCAGAAGAAGAGCAGGCAUCGGAUAAUGAAAGUAGGGACGAGUUUCACGCUUCUUCUUUCCUCGACGACAUCGCCUCCGCAAGUAAUCAUGCUGUCACAUCCAGUACUGGCACUGCGACCACCGCGACGGCAGUUCUUGAACGACGGGAGCAGGAAGGGGAUCAAGCAACAUUGGACGUCGGGGAAGAGGAAGAUCCCUUUGUUUUUGACUUCCUAGUGCUCCCGAGCCGACUAGUGCGGCUCCACUUGGAUCUUUGGGCGUGCACGCGUCGCCGCCGGACGCGGAACUUCGCAGCAGGACUUGCGAAAAUGCGGAAGCUGAAGGUGUUAGAGCUCCUCGGCGUGCAGGAAACGGAUUGGCUGCAACCUGCGGACCACAGGCUUUUGUCGCGGAUGUACUUCGCUCGUGACCUGGACGCGCAAACACAGUGGCACUACGAAAAAUCCCUGGAGUUCCUCAACGAAGUGCUGGUGUCCAGGCACCUCGAGGAGCUGCAUCUGCGGGUUUCCCCAAACCCCUUCCAGGGGUUCCGCAAGCCCUCAGAGCAGCAGCUGGCGCGAUUUGGGGCUGACCAGGAGGACGAGGUGGCAUCCCUGCUCAAGGAAAUGUUCCGGGAGCGGCACCCAAACCUGCGCCGGGCGGACUUGGGCGACACGUGGGUGCGAGACUCUGUUAUCUUGGACUUCAUCACACCUCCCACCAGCACAGUAUCAGCAACUUCGACUUCCUCCGAACACAGGGAAGCACCUGCAAGAGCAGACGAUCAGUAGUUCGGGAUUUACCUAUGUGAAGGAAAAGCAACUUCCUGCAGCUGUUUUUGCGCAGAAGAGUAGACGCUUGUGAGAAUAGAUACUGAUGAAGAUUUUCGGGACCGGUUUUGCUUCGUUUUUUCAACCUGAGACGAAAAACGUAUUCCAUCUCGCUACGUGAGCUGGGAGGUAAAGUUCGUCUUCAUACUCGCACCUGCAGAGUAUAGAUUGAUUGAUAAUCUUUGCUCUGUAAGUAGUAUCGAUUUGUUUGCGAAUGUUUUAUAGCUACUAAUUUGAGCUUCGUGCUGUCUCGCAUUGACAUUGGCACACUUAAGCGUAUUUGGCGCGCACUUGUGUGUCUGCUGCAUCAUUUUUUGUGUCUCGGUCACUCAAUCUGAAAGAUAGAAUUUGCUUCAAUGACAGUGCUUAUUUUUGUUGCUACCUUUUUUUGUAUCCACGAGACUUAUAAUCAAGAUCAACCUAAUCAAUGCAGAGCCAGUGUCAACCUAAAAAAGACAUUUAUCUAUUACAUGGAUGGGAGUCCACCUGGUUCGUGAAUACUUUUUUUAGCCGACGAGGGCAUCAGUAUUUAUCAAUCCUUGCCGUGGUGUACAUUUGUUCGAGCACCUUUUAGCAGCACCUCUUUUGUAGUUUUCAGAUCCGCAUCGAUCUGCGUCUUCAGCUUCGAUAAAUCCUGUGGCUGUAAAUGUACUGAACCGAGUUGCAGAGAAAUCAAAGUCGUGACAGAGGAGCAACCGGCGUUCUGGCCGUGGUCUUCACAUGCGUCGAAUAACGGAUUACAGGUUUGUUUGCUAAAAUCGAACGUUUUUUUACGGGAAAUGCCACUGGCUGCCAUCUCCGGACUUCACGCCAU